AAGACCACCUUCCCAUUCAAUCUGUGUGACGAGUCAAAGAGGGGUUUUGGUGAAAAUGAAGAGAGCACUGAGUUUUCUGAUCUUCUUUGCCAUCUUCUUCAACUCCUCACAAGCCCGAUCCAUCAUUCCACAGCCCCAACCUCUCACAUCCUUUAACAUCAACACUACCCAGAAUGCAAGGAGUUGUUCUUUCACCGUGAACAUAAGAACAAGCUGCUCUUCACCAAGGUACACACGAGAUCAAAUCAGUCUCUCAUUUGGCGAUGCUUAUGGCAAUCAGGUUUAUGCACCGAGGCUAGACGAUCCAGGUUCGAGGACAUUCGAGAGGUGUUCGGUGGACACGUUUCAAGUAUACGGACCGUGUACGUACCAGAUAUGCUAUUUGUAUUUGUACAGGAGUGGAUACGAUGGUUGGAAACCAGAGUCUGUGCAGGUCUCUGGGUAUAAUACCAAGCCUGCUAGCUUUUAUUACAACGUUUUUAUACCAACUAAUAUUUGGUAUGGCUUUAACUACUGUAAUGCUGCCUCGGCUUCCACAUCAACCAUGAAGUAGGGUAGGGCACCACUUUUUCAUGCGUCGGUUUAUAAUUGAGCUCGUGACCUCUUUUUGCUUGAUGGAGAUUGGAGGACUAUGAGUAGAAAGUUUUUGGUGCACCAUGAUAAAUUUUAUCUUGUCUUCUAAGUAAUAAUGUAUUUAUUUCAGUGGGUUUUUUCAGCAUUUAAUUAAUUGGAUACUAUGUCCUAUAAUUUCAGCAUUUAAAUAAUUGGAUGUAUGUCAUUGUGUUAUGAUAUACCUAGAUACCCGGUGGGUUAGUAAA